ACUGCUGGUCUUUCCAUAGGACCACCAUCCUCCUCAUCUUCUUCCAGGUUUUCCCCAAUUCAAGCACAAGAGUUUCUGGGUUCCCUCCAUUGGUUGAGUGUGUAUCUAUGAUCACAUGCUAAUAUAAUUGAGAUAUAUAUGUAGGGUAUCUAGCAUGGAAGAUAUGGCCACAGGAGCAUUACAGGGAUCACCAACCACUUUUAAAAUUUAUAUUGAAAGCCUGCUCCACAGGAGGAAACACAUAUGUAAUACUGUAAAUCUGGCCAAGAAAGCAUGGUUGUUGAGCUUAUAGUUUCAAGAGGUGAAUUUAAUACUACUAUUUUGCCAAAUCAACAUACCAUCAAAAUGUCUUUCAAAUGCAUCUCUCUACCCAUAAAUUCUUGCAGUAUUGAUUACUUAUCAGAGAAGCUUCAUUGUGCAAUGGAUGAUGGUUAAUGCAGAAACUCACAACUGAGAAGAUAUCAGGGCAUAUGUGAAAGUGAAGUGUUCAGGCACAAGGGAGACAUCUAUAUCCUACCUCUCCUCAAAUCGUGAGGACCCUUGAACUCAUAAACUCACAGCAGCCAUGGCCAAUUGCACAGCAUGAAGCCAAACAACAUUCUAGCAUGGAAUGGAAAGAUGUCCAUGAGUCCCCACCUCUAACUGAGGAACUAUGGACAGUUGAUGGCUUCUGGGUGAGGGAGAGUGAGGUUUCUUAAGGGUAUGGCUUCCAGUAUGUCUGCCAUGCUCCUGUAGGUAGCCCACACACACCAGGGAAUAGGUGAACAGCCCAGAUUUGAGUCAAUGUGUAAUAAAAACAAAAAACAAAAAACAAAAACAAAAAAAAAACUUUAAGGACAUGAAGUUUGGGAGAGGGGAAGUAGGUAAAAAGUGAUCUAGGAGGAUUGGAGGGUAUAUCUGCUCAACAUCCAAAGAAUUAAUAAAAAUAUUUUAAACUCACAUUCUCUUUAAGAAAAAAACCAACAAUAUAAUAAGUUUUAAUCUUACAAAUGCAAUGAGAAGCUACAAUCUAUUCAAAAUGAAAUGAGUUCCAGAGCCAUAGUGCAAUACACAUUCAUUUACAAAUGGAAACUGAUGUUUGCAAGACACUGUUUUGAGGAUGGCCUUAAUUUUUUGCUUCUACUUUCACUGUUUAACCUCCAUAGUGCUUUCAGUAGCAUAUUUCUCAGUUUAUUUAAGAAAGCUGCAAUUCUGAAUGGGAACUACUCUGUCCUAAAUAGCCCAUCUAGGACACUUCCCAGUAUGUCACGCCAGUAUCUAAAAAUAGAUAUGUUUGUUUAACAGCAUCACCAAAAGCUGUAAAUAUCAUCAUUUCCCCCAUUUUAAGGUGUAGAAGCAAAGUUUGGAGAAUAGCUUUGUGAAAUCUUAAUUAAAGAAUAUCUUAAAAGUUCUUCAGAGAAGUAGAAUCCCUUCUUUCUUACCUGGCAUGAGCUGUAUCCAUCCAAAGGGGACUAGGAAAUGAUCCUCUGUUGUUCAACAGGAACACAGGCAUGGGGUGUAAGGAGCCCCCUUGAAACCCAGGGCUAGAAAGGUUGCAGCUCCAAGUAGUAGAAGUACAUGACACUCCUGGUGUUUGAGUUAGGCGACUUCUUACAAGGUCAUCUAAAAUGUCAGACAGAUGCUGGGGAGAUGGAACAAUGCUUAAGAACACCUACCGCUCUUUGAAAGGACCCAAAUUUGAGUCAUAGCAUCCGCCAUAUCAAGCAACUAACAAAGUCCUACAACCUCAGCUCCAGAGGCAACUGUCACCUGGUUGGGGAAACUAGGAAAGGGGAUAACAUUUUAUUGAAAUGUAAAUAAACAAAAAAUCUAAUAAUAAAAAAGUAAAGCAUCCUUUUACUGCUCCCUGCUGAUCUGUAUGCAUUUAUUGCUGCUUUUAAAUGUUCCAGUGUUUUAUUGCUACCUACAGAACAACUACCUGCAAAAUGUUUGCUCCUCCUUUUCCUGUUUCUGUUAAUAGAGUAUAAAGACUUCUGGUGGUCAUGAGACCGAAAGUUCACCCUUUAGUGACUACACUGUUACUUGAAAUGUCAAAGCUAUGAGAAAUUGUAUGUUAGUCUAUAAGGGUGAGGGUUUCUCUUGUCUCUCUGAGUGUGUGCUUUGUCCUUUGCUAGUUGGAAUUUCCAUAACAGAAUCAUCUCAGAUGAACACUAAUAACUGACCCAACGUAUGAUUUUUAUCACAGUCCAACUUGAUGAAACCAGUGAGUUUAUUGGGCUUUCUUACAGAGCAGAGUGGGAAGUUACUUAGAGGAGUGUUGGGGAUAUUACACCCCUGUGUCAUCCAAUGUUCCACUCUGUCAUCAAGGAUGGGCAAACUCUUAGAAGCUUCAUCAUGAAGGACAACUUUUAUCAACCUUUUAUAUCUGCAUCUAAUAUAGCAUCCCCUAAGGCAAUUUCAGCGGUGGGGGCCGAGUAAUAACUAACAUCCGAACAAGAGUCUCUUGACCCUCUUUAUGGAAUGCUGGUGGCCCCAUUAUCAUUACCAGGAAUCUGGAUAGCAUAGACAGGAUUGCUUGCCUGUAGUGCCAUGGCUAUGAGCAACACUCAAGAUGGCAUCUUUUUGAAAGCUAGGAGAAAACGCAUCCUUACGACAAUGGCACAUGUAUACUAGUAACUGUGGAAGCAAGAACAGGGCAGUGCUGUAACUGAAGCUGGAGUUACAGAUGGUCAUGAGCCACCUGGCGUAGGUUCUGAGAACAAAACUCCAAUCCUCUGGAAGAACAGAGAACUCUUUUAACAGCUGAGCCAUCUCUCCAGGCCUGAGGUUUUCUUUUGUGUAAUUUGCUUUGGGGGAAAGGAGAACAAGAAAGUAUCUAAUAAUUCUGUUGAUAGUGUUACAGUAACCAGUGUUCUAAGUCUCCCAUAUUUGUAGUCUCAUAUCUCACCUCAAUCAUUUACCCUUCUGAUUCCAUGGAAAGAUGAAAUCAUUUUAAGUGUUGCCAGGCAACUUACCUUCUUUGUGUCCAUUUUUUUCUUCCUAUGUUUUGACAUUCAUUUCUAUUUGUGCAUCUGUUCCAAAGAAUUGUAAGAUUUGGAAUGAGGUCAUCCAUUCUUAUUUUUCCCACCCCUACCCUCACCCCUGCUUCUGUGUGUGUGUGUGUGUGUGUGUGUGUGUGUGUGUGUGUGUGUGUGCGCACACACACACGUGCGGUGCACGUGAGCUUUAUUUUAAGCAUUAUUCCUUUUGAUUUAUCAGAAUGAAAAUCACAUUAAGCAAUCACUUAGUUACUUUUCUACAGCAUGGCCAAGGCAAUCCAUAGUAGGAAGAGUUUAUCUGUUUUGGAUGGUUCCAGGGAGAUAAUAGUUUUUAAUUAUCAUGGAAAGGGACUAUGGAAGCAAGUAGAACAUGGCUCUUGGAGCAGAAAGCUGAGAGUUCACAUGUUGAAACAUGAAGAGAACAAAUGGAAUGGCAGGAGUCUUUUAGUAUUUUUGUUUGUUGGUUGGUUUUUGUUUUGUUGGUUUUGUUUUGUUUUUGGUUAUUUUAGAGUUUUUUGUUUUUUCUUUUGUUUGUUUUACGUAUUCACUUUGCAUCCCACUCCCUGUCCCCUUCCCAGUCACCCCCUCCCACAACCCCUCUCCACAUCCCCAAUGCCCUCCUCCUCUGAGUGUGUGGAGCUCUCCUGGGUAUUCCCCCAGCUUGGCACAUCAAGUCUCUGUGAGGCUAGGUGCAUCCUUUCCCACUGAGGCCAAACAAGGCAGCUCACCGAGAAGAAUAUAUCCCAUGUAAAGGCAACAGUUUUUGGGAUAGCCCCUGCUCCAGUUGUUCAGGAUCCACAUGAAUACCAAGAUGCACAUCUGCUACAUAUGUGUGGGAAGGCCUAGGUCCAGCCUGUGUGUGUUCUUUGUUUGGUGGGUGGGUCAGUCUCUAAGACCCCAAGAGGCCAAGUUACUUGACUUUGUUGGUCUUCCUGUGGAGUUCCUAUCCCCUUAGAGGUCACAAUCCCUUCUCUUGUUCUUCCAUAAGCAUCCCCAAGCUCCAUCCACUGUUUGGCCAUGGGUGCCUGCCUCUGUCUGAGUCAUCUUCUGGGUGGAACAUCUCAGUGGACAACAUGCUUCUGUCUACAAGCAUAACUGAGUAUCAUUAAUAGUGUCCAGGAUUGGUCCUUGCCCAUGGGGUGGGUCUCAAGAUGGGCUGGUUAUUGUUUGACCAUUUCCUCAGUCUCUGCUCCAUCCCCAAUCCCUGCACUUCUUGUAGACAGGAUAAAUUUUAGGUGAAAAUUUGUGGGUGGGUUGGUGUUCCUAUUGCUCCACUGGGGCAAAAGUCUUUUGAAAUCUCAAAGUCUACCUCUAGUAACACACUUCUGUGGGACUGUGAAAGGCAGUCUAGUUUCUGGCUUAGCUAGGUUUUACUUUGGAGACCCGCAGACAACUCUUCAAGGUAUGGUAGGCAAUUGCCAUGCUCCUAGCCUAGACACCAGGCUCUCCAUAAUUCUGUGGCCAUCAGUUAGGUAAAGGCAAUACCUCAAGCCCCUCCACAGGUAGAAGAUGUGACCACAGAUCAUGUAGCUUCAAGACAGAUCUCUAUUUUAAUGAGGCACCUAAAGCCCUGAUGCUUAACCAGUUAAGCUCCCCUUCCCAGACACUCUUCCCUGAUGCCUUUUCUUUCUGCAUUAGAAAAUAUAUGUACAGAAAAAGCACAUAAAAUUGUUUAGAUUCGUCACUUCUGGAACACCAUAUUAACCUCAGGUCCAACCUGAGCAAGUGAGGUAGGUUUUACUCAUCGCAACUCUCUGCCAGGACAAUAGAUGCUUUCAAACCAUGAAUUGUCUCUUCUCAUUGGGACCUGCAAUGGGGAACAAUGAAGCAGGUCUUCCUCUAGAGAGCCACAUCUAAUCUCCUGCAGGAGUCCUCUCUGCACUCCCACAAUUGACCCCACCAUGCUAAGGACUCUCCUGUCACCGAGGGAACCACCUGGAGCUCUUCUCCUGCCCUUUUCCCUUCGGCCCUGGCUAGAGCCAGCCCUCUGGCCCCUACUCCAUUCUCAGCUCAUUUAGUGGUGUCUGGGGUGUCCAAGAAUCUUGAGAACCAGCUGGUUCCAGCUACUGUGCAGGUCUAGACCCCUGAGCCUGACUCGAGCAGUUCCCAGGGAAUUCAGACUGCACCUACCCACCCCCGGAGCAGGGGUCCUGCAGCUUCUUAUAGCCUGAAGCCUGCCUGGUAAUAGCUUGGGAAACCACAGUCAAAACUUUCCACAUCCUGCUUCCAUGAGUGGCUCUAGCCCUGUGGUGGGCCGCAUGUGGGACACCAUUUUAACUUGCACACUCCUCCAGCAAGGUCAUUUCUCAUAAACCUAUCCAAACAAGGGAGGCCAAAUUUUCAUACUCUCAAGAAUACAAGGGGACAUCUCAUUCCAACCACUGUAUAAUGUAAAUGCUGCAAAGGAGGUAUAAGUCAGGAGAAACCCAUAAAUAGUUGUCAGAACAUCAGGAGAAUGGAGUUGGAGUUAGGGACUACAGAUAAGGUUCAUUUGCUAUAGCAUCUGCCAGCAACUGCCAGAAAUAUAAGACCCUGAGUUUAAAUCCUGCUACUCACAAGAAAGCCAGGCUUGGUAGGGUACACCUAUAAGCCCAGUGUUGAGGAGGCAGAAACCAAUGGAUUUCUGAUUCUUUCUGGCCAGCUAGUUCAGCCAACUCAGUGAGCUGCAAGUGUGAGCCACCCUGUCUCAAAGCAGAAGCUGUUGAUGGUCAAAAAGACACCAAGUUGUGACCAAUAUCUGGCCUUCUACAUGCGCAAGUUCACACACAGACAUGUGCGUGCACAGGUACACACAAAUAGCAUAGUGAUAGUAAUGAAAGGAGAAGGUGGAAUAAAUAUGAGCCACCAGAGUGAGGAUGUGUGGGGUUUUUUGUUCUGUGGAUACAGCUGAGAAGGUUACCCUAUUCAAUAAUUCAACAGACAUUUCCUAAAUGCCUAGUGCACUUAAGCUCUAUUCUAGAAGCUGAUUCUGUGGAGACCAGGCAGACAGCUCUGUCUUUCAUUCACUCAUGAUGUUAGGGUUGUGACAGGAGCUUCAGUGAAGGAGCAGAACAGAAAGACAGCCGAGUUCAGGCUAAAGGAAAGGUUGUUAUAACUUGUGGAUAAAUAACUCUCCAUAUUGUCAGAGAAACAUCAUAUAACACAUAUGUUCAUUACUAUUUAGUAGGUUGCACACCAGAUCAUUUUCAACUAAUCAUGGUUUUGAAAAUAAUGAUUAGAUUUUAUUCAUGAUUUCUUUAAUAAUCUCAUGUAAGCUUAACAUGAGGCAUAUAACUCCAAGUCCUGUUUUAGUUUUAUAAUAAUAGCGGGUAUGAGCUGCAGAGCUCACGAAAAGAAAUGGAAUUAUGGCCAGGACUCGUCUUAUUUGGGGAAAGAAUUAUUGAAAAAGCAAAUAAUAACCCAAAGGAUAUGUAUAUUUUAUAUAGGAGAUGAUCUUUGUUUUGAAAGUUAGGUCUUACAGGAGCAGAGCCUUGGCCAUGUCUUAGUUAUAGAGAAACUGUUGUUUUCCAAAAGGUAGUGUGACCAGAUUAUUCCUACUUGCAAGGACAUUUGAAACCUGGGGAGUUUAGAAUCUGUCUGUCUGAGCACAAGGUCUCUGGGGGGAAGAGAUUACUUCCUGGGCCCUAUCAGUGCUACCAACCCGGGGACUGUCUAUUCUUGACCUCAAUGUCCUCUCAUUUCCAUCAUCCUCCCAUAAGGAAUGUGUCACAAAGAACCACUCUCUACUUACCCAUUAGAUCCAUUCACUCCCAGGUGAUCAGGAAGAUGAAGUCAUGAAAUGGGAAACACUGUCUGCUACACUCUGCUUUACACAUUCAAUAAGGAUAAUUACCAGGCACAAGCCAUGCUGCUAUUAACUUCAAAUUAAACUCCGACUGUGUGUGUCCUCUUCCAAUCAUCCAUUUGUGAAUUUAUUUACUUCAGCUAUAAUUAUGACAUAUUGCUUAGUUCUUCUUAAAGUAGCUAUGUGGGAAGUGUGUGCAUGCUCACCUGCGUGUGUACAUGCACCUAUGUGUAUUUGUGUGUAUAUGCAUGUUUGUACAGAUAUGUGUGUGUUUUUGUGUGAAUACAAGAGGCCAGCAGCAAGUGUCUUCUUUAAUUGAUUUCCACAUUAUUUUUGAGACAGGGUCUCCAGUGAUACCUGGAGCCCAUCAAUGUUCAUAGAAUGGCUGUCCAAGCAGCCCCAGCUAUCCUUUUAUCCACAACAGUGAAACUGGCAGUGCAAUUGUGUACCAUCAUGCCUAGGUCUUUACACAGUUUUGGGAUCUGCACUCAAGUCUUCAUGCUAACACAGUAAGUCCCUGUCCCUGGGACUGUCCGCAGUCAUAUGAAGCUGGGUGAUCUGUCCCACAUGGGUGUACAUGAGCUUCCCUUCUCCUCUCGUACUGAGAGAACAGACUUCAGUGUCUCGUCUUUCUCCUUCCUGCGAUAGAAAAACAGUCUAUUCUAUGGCUAUGCUGAAAGCAACUCCAACUUUGUUCCUUUUGGAUAAACAAUGUGUCAGCUAUGAAAUAGUGAGUUAUAUUUGAUGUGAGCAUGGACACAUCCCCACAUAUUCAUACCCAGUUGCAUGUGUAAAUAAAUGCGUAGUGAUCAGAAGAUAAGUGUCUCUUGAUCAGACUUUAAGCAAAGAAGCUUAACUUAGAUCUGCACAUGCAUCCUUCUUUUCUUGAUCUUUUCUGUUUCUCUUUUUGCAUACAAAAACUAAACAAGAAAAAAAUGGUGCUCCACUGUUUUUAUUUUGUUAAAAGGCUUAACCUUUCUACUUGACACUAUGGUCUACUUAAGCCCCUUCUAUAUCACUGACAGAAAUCCAUUUUAAAUAUUGUUUUGAAAGUCAGAUUUCUGAUGCUCUCAAAGGCUAUGGGGACCUCAUUUUGUGUGUGUGUGUGAUUCACUGCACAAAAUUGUCUAUUGAUAUGAAGCAGGCUGCAGAACGGUUCUUCGGCUUUGAUCACGAGAAUGAAUCGAUUUUUAACAAGCCCUCGCUCCGUGGUGGUUGCUGAUGUUGUGUCUAACAGCUUCAUUGAAGGGCUGCUUUUGAUUUGCUCUUGCUAACUGCUCUCUUCCCCGAGAGCUUGUCUGUGAAGACUCCCGCACCAGCCUCAAGAUCUUUCAUCAGAUAUAAAUGAAUGUGCUGUUGACAAUGGAGGCUGUCGAGACCGAUGCUGUAAUACGAUUGGCAGUUAUUACUGCAGAUGUCAAGCUGGCCAAAAGCUGGAGGAAGAUGGCAGAGGAUGCGAAGAUGUGGAUGAGUGUGCCGUGGUGAACGGAGGCUGCCAGCAGCGCUGUAUUAACACUCUGGGCACCUUCCACUGUGAGUGUGACACAGGAUACAGACGCCAUGCUGACGAACGUACCUGCAUAAAGACAGACCCCUGUGCAGGUGCAAAUGGAUGUGCUCACCUAUGUCAAACUGAAAAUGGCAUGGCCAGGUGUGCCUGCCACGCUGGGUACCAGCUGUCUGAAGACAAAAAGGCCUGCGAAGAUAUAAAUGAGUGUGCUGAAGAACUCGCUCCCUGUGCUCAUCACUGUGUGAACUCAAAGGGGUCCUUCACAUGUACCUGCCACCCUGGCUUUGAGCUAGGAGCUGACAGAAAACAUUGUUACAGAAUUGAAUUAGAAAUUGUCAAUAUCUGUGAGAAGAACAAUGGCGGCUGUUCUCAUCACUGCGAGCCUGCAAUUGGUGGAGCCCACUGUUCCUGUAACCACGGACAUCAACUGGAUACCGAUGGGAAAACAUGUAUAGACUUUGAUGAAUGUGAGAGCGGAGAAGCCUGCUGUGCCCAACUCUGCAUCAACUACUUAGGAGGCUAUGAGUGCAGCUGUGAGGAAGGCUUUCAGAUCAGUUCGGAUGGUUGUGGAUGUGAUGCUUUAGAUGAGCAGUUAGAGGAAGAAGAAGAGGAAAUAGACAUUCUGAGGUUUCCAGGCCGUCUGGCUCAGAACCCACCUCAGCCAUUCCCUUAUCUUGAUCCUUCUCUGACUGCUUCAUAUGAAGAUGAAGACAAUGAUGAUGCUGACUCUGAAGCAGAAGGAGAGGUCCAAGGGCUGACAGCCUUGUACAGAGUUGUCUGUUUAGAUGGCACCUUUGGCCUGGACUGCAGCUUGAGCUGUGAAGAUUGUAUGAAUGGAGGAAGAUGCCAAGAAGGAAAGAGUGGGUGCUUGUGCCCAGCAGAAUGGACUGGUCUUAUAUGCAAUGAAAGCAGUGUCCUAAGAACUGGGGAAGAUCAGCAAGCUCCUGCGGGAUGCCUGAAAGGGUUCUUUGGGAAGAACUGCAAAAGAAAAUGUCAUUGUGCUAACAAUGUUCAUUGCCACAGGGUAUAUGGUGCCUGCAUGUGUGACCUAGGGCGCUAUGGAAGAUUCUGCCACCUAAGCUGUCCCAGGGGAGCCUAUGGAGCUAGCUGUUCUUUGGAAUGUCAGUGUGUGGAAGAGAACACCCUGGAAUGCAGUGCCAAAAAUGGUAGUUGCACCUGCAAAUCUGGUUACCAAGGCAACAGAUGCCAGGAAGAAUUGCCCUUGCCAGCCUGAGCAGAGGAAGAAGAUGGCACAUCUUUAAAUUAUAUCUGGAAACAAUUACAGCUCAAUAACAUUGACUCAUCAAUCAAAGACACGCUCUCCUCCAGCAUGAAGGACAUUCCUUUUUCUGUCUAAAACUCAAUCAUCCAAACAAAUUUAUUUAUGGUUUCUUAAUACCAAGAACUUAAGGAUGGAUACCCGUACUGUCACUUUUCAAGUACCUAGAUAUCACGUAAUUUUAGAUAAAUCUCCAAGCAGAAAACUAUGGUCCCAGUAGUAAGAAACACGUAGAGAUACAUGUGCAGCUGUGUGUGGAAUUUGGGGAAAUGGUAUUUCAACCUGUCAGCAAGCCAUCCCUGGCUUGUAAAGCCCUUGAGUACUUGUUUAUGGUUUUGGUGUCUUGUUACCAUGUCACUGACUUCUUUUGAUGCCAUUUCUUAAGAAGGCAGUGAGCAGCUUUCCUGGAGUUCCUUUUGUUGACUAUAGCAUGCCUUGUCUUCUAAUCUAGCACAUUCACCCAUUACUGUGUGUUACUAUCGACUGCCUGUUCUCUUGCUUGAAUCCAAGGCCCAUGUAGGCAGUAUAUUUGUUUGUUUCUUCCUGUAUUUCCUCACUCAUGCAAUAAAGACAGUCAUCAGUAAAUCUCUUCUUAAAUCAA